GUUUCAUUACACCAGUGACAUGCUGAUGUAUUGGCAUCUGUUGUCAUUGCUUCUAGUAUCUACCGUUUCUGCAGAUUCUGGUACGGAGAAAUGGGACUAUGUGACAGUUCGUCCUGGGGCGCACCUGUUUUACUGGUUAUAUCACACAAUGUCUCUACGAGGAAUCAGUGAUGUUCCCCUUAUCAUGUGGCUCCAGGGUGGACCAGGUCAAUCGUCCACCGGCAUGGGAAAUUUCCAGGAAAUUGGACCAUUGGAUGUGUCUCUAAAGAAAAGAAAUACAACUUGGCUUUCAGAGGCCAGUAUUCUAUUUGUGGACAGUCCAGUUGGGUCUGGAUAUAGCUACGUUGAGUCUGAAUUUCUGUACUGUAACAGCACUGAAAUGAUUGCAUCUGAUAUUAUUACCUUUCUGGCUGUAUUCUUCAGAAGUUCGAAUGGAAAGAAAUUUCAGAAUGUUCCUUUUUAUAUCAUGACAGAGUCUUAUGGAGGCAAAAUGACUGCUGUAAUUGCAGAUCAAUUGAUUCAGGCAAUUUCAGAGGGAAGCGUGAUAUGUUCAUUUGUUGGCGUGACACUAGGGGCACCUUUUAUUCAUCCAGCAAAUACAGUUCAAAGUUGGAUCAACUACACAUUGGCCAACGCACUUAUUGACAAGAAUGAAGCAGAAAAGUUAUCGAAAAUAUACAGUACGCUUGAGAACAGCAUCGUAAAUGGAAAUUGGAUAUAUGCAUUCAAUUAUAUGUCUGAAAUGGGGGGACGUCUUCUAAUCUUCACCAAUGGAGUCAACUUGUACAACUUUCUUGAAUGGAAGGAUUCUGAUAAAUCAAAAACAUCAGCAAAUGAUUUUAGAUUUUCAUCUGGAAGAGUUAUGUGCAAAUCUCCAGAAGAUGCUCUGUGGGCUUUGAUGAAUGGGAAGAUACGCCGGAAAUUGAAAAUCAUUCCUACAAACGUCACCUGGGGAGGGCAAAAUGAUUCUGUUUACCUCAGUUUAAUCAACGAUUUCAUGAAGCCAGUUGUGGCAAUAGUUGACAAACUGGUAUCUGAAACAACUCUGAAGGUAUCAGUCUACACUGGACAACUGGACAUCAUAGUCAAUACGCUUGGAACUCUAAGAUGGGUAGAAACGUUGAAAAUAUUCAAGGACUACGAACUUGCAGAAAGAGAACCAUUUAAAUGCCCAAAUACAUCGAAUACAUGCGGAUUUGAAAAGACUUAUAAUAACUUUUCGUUUUUCUGGAUCAUGGAUGCAGGUCAUAUGGUUCCAAAAGACAACGGAGCAGCAGGACUAGAAAUGCUCAAAAGAAUAAUAAAAAGCUAAGAGAAUUAAAAAAAAACCCAGCUAUUUUAAUAAUUGUAUUAACUUGAUUUAAAAAAGAAUAAAUUGUAUU